AUGAAGGGCAAAACAACUGGAGUGAGAGAGACGAUCGAGGGUGCUAAUGCGCGGCAAGUUGCCUUCUCGAAUCGUCGACCGGGGCUGUUCAAGAAAGCAAGGGAACUAUGCACUCUUUGUGCCGCUGAGAUGGCCAUUAUUCUCUUCUCUCCUAGCGGCAAGCCUUUCUCCUUUGGACACCCUUCUAUGGGUGCAGUCCUUGACAGGUUUGAGCAUCCAGAGACGGCUGCUUCUCAACAGGCUCAAACUAAUGGAGUCCAAACCCUAGCUGAACUGAACAAGCAAUAUGCAGAUGUGCUCAAGCAAACUGAAAGCUAUCUCAAGGGAAAGGUGGACAAAAGAAGGAUGGAGCUCGUGGCAUUAGAAGCUUCAAGUUCGGCUCCUUUCGCAAAAGCUAUCGAUGCUUCUGUCAUUAGUCAAACUGAUGAUGAACACUCUGAUCUUCGCGAAGUAAAAGUUGGCGAGUAA